AUGAGUUAUAAGGAAACUCUAUGUUACCAAUUAUGCCAGUUGAUACUAGGGGCAGAAAAUUGUACGAUCGGAUUAAUACCUGAGACCACGGAAUGUUUCUUAACUCACCUAUCAGAAGACGGGAAAUGUAUUGAAAUAGGCAUACCAAAGAAAACAUUUCUUAAAAUCUUCAAGGAAUCACACUCUUAUUGGCAUUCAGUCAAUGCUGGUGAUAUUUCUUUGAACACCUAUUAUUGUACGUUUGGAUAUCUUUUAACCACCAAUGAGAAUCAUAGUAUAAUACGAUUACAUGAAGUGAUUCUCUUGAGAAUGUUAUCAAAGGCUACUGAGAGAGAGAAAUCGCAAAUUCUUUUGCAAGAAUUCAAGAUUAUAAUAGCACUCUUGACGAGUAGAUUAAAGAAAAUUAAUAAAAGUUCUUCCCUAUGGUUAUGGUUGAGAAAACUUUCAAUUACUAUGGUAUUUAAUCCGUUAUUUAAUGGGAACCAAACGGCUGAUGCAUUUGAAAAAUUUAAAAUCUUGAUUGAUAGUGCCAUUAAAGCUUGUGAAUUGCAUUUCUCAAACUAUUAUGCUGCAAGUAGUUUAAGAUGGUUCAUACGAAUGGUUUACAAUCAUAAUUAUGAAUUGGAAGAAUACGCACAACAAAAGUUAAUUGAAGCAUGUCAUAGACAUCUAACCGAUUCUUCUCUAUGGUCUGUGCUUGGUCUCUUGGUGAAUGAACCGGAAGGACUAGAUUAUGCCAUUGAGGAGUAUAAUUCAUUUGUAGAUCAGAUAUCCCCACAUAUUUCUGGGAUUCAAAAAAUUCAAUUUAAACCAGAUCAAACCCAUCAUCAUCAUCAUCAAUACCAUCGUCUGGAUACACUGGGGGUUUCCCAGUCGCAAACGAAAUGGCUACUAGCUGUCAAAUGUACUAUAUUUACUCCAUAUAUAAGUAUCUUACUGAACGAAAGUUAUGGAUUGAUCUGUCAAUCGAUUGAAUUGGAAAAAGAGGAAUUAAAGUCCAUGAAAGAGAAAAACUUGUGUGAGUCCUAUAUUUACGAAACUUCAAAAGCAUUUGUUGAUACAUUAGAACGUGUUUGUAACAAGUAUAAUGGUAUCAUGCACCAACAACAUUAA